AGCCUGUCUGCUCCCAUGUACUUCUUCCUCACUUACCUGUCCCUCAUAGAUGCCUCCUACACCUCCGUCACCACCCCUAAAAUGCUCAUCGACCUGCUCUACCGGAGGAGGACCAUCUCCCUGGGCGGCUGUCUGACCCAGCUCUUCAUGGAGCACUUCCUGGGUGGCUCAGAGAUCAUCCUCCUCAUCGUCAUGGCUUACGACCGCUACGUGGCCAUCUGCAAGCCCCUGCACUACACGACCAUCAUGCGGCAGGGACUCUGUCGCCUCUUGGUGGUGGUAGCCUGGAUCGGUGGUCCUGCAUGGAUCGGUGGGGUCCUGCAUGCCGCUGUGCAAAUUCUUUUCAUGACCCACCUGCCCUUCUGCGGUCCCAAUGUCAUCGACCACUUCAUGUGUGACCUCUUUCCGUUGUUGAAACUGGCCUGCGGGGACACCUACCGGCUGGGAAUGGUGGUGGCAGCCAACAGUGGAGCCAUGUGCUUGCUCAUCCUGUCCAUGCUGCUUGUGUCUUACGCAGUCAUCUUGAGUUCCCUGAAAUUCCACGGCUUGGAAGGGAGGCGCAAAGCCCUCUCCACCUGCGGCUCCCACUUCACCAUUAUCGUCCUCUUUUUUGUACCUUGCAUCUUCACUUACAUGCGUCCCGUGGCUACCUACCCCGUGGACAAGUUGGUGACUGUGUUCUUUGCAAUCCUCACUCCCAUGUUCAAUCCCAUCAUUUACACAGUGAGAAACGCAGAGGUGAAAAGUGCCCUGAGGAGUUUGUGGAAGAGGAGCGUAACUUAG